UUAUGUGCACGUUCGCAUUCGCUCGAAACUAGAGCGAGGCUAAUCUUUAGCUGCAAUUGACGCAAAUUGAUUUUGCACUCGAAAUCGAUCGUUCGUCUCCGUCCGUAGAUCUCUCGCCUCCUGCUCCUGCCCGAAAGAAAUGCAAGGAGCGGGGCUCCAGUUCUCCCUCGUUCCAGUUUCCCCUUCCAGAUGCCCUUCUUUCUGGCCAUUUGAUCGUGAGGCAAGGCAACCAUUUCCGAUCACAGCCCAAUUAGCAACAAGCCAAUCCACACACAAUCCAUGUGCUAAACAAACUUCAAACGAUCUGCGAGAUCAGAGAGAACAGAGCGAACAGAGCGAGCUCUUUGUUUUGCCAGAAAUUAACGGAGGAUGACAUAAUGCGGCCAAAGAAAGUACCAGUACGCUGUACGCUCUCUUUAGAUUUUCUAGUUGUUGUUCUGCGGUUGGAGAUUUUAAUUGCAAUUCCAGAAACGAAAUUCCUUUCGUUACGAUUCCGAUUCCGACUCCGAGAUGGCGAGAAAAACAGAAGGCAGCCGUUGUUUUUAUCCCCGUUUCAGAUCGUUUGGCUCGAAUCAAUCAAAUUGUUUACACGCAUAUAAAUAUUUAUUAUCGUUUGCGUUUGUUUGUUUCUUGCCGAGGUUCUAAUUUUACACUCGUUCUCGGCCAGCAAUUGUUUCUCCUGUUUCCCAUUUCAUUGCUGUUUUUGCCCUGCACUGACACUCGGCAGUCGGCAGUCGAGCGUUUUAUUUCGGUUGUGACCCCCAGUUCGAUCUCAGUGUCCAGCAGGAGAUAGGAGACAGCGACGCUUCUAUCUGUGGCUCGCGCCACUCACAUGUCUAUAUGGACUGUAUGGAGUGGAUGGAGGCGACACUACUAUUUUUAAGUUUGCGAAAAAUCAUUCACAAACCAAAUGACAGUCGGCACAAAUUAGCAGGUUGAUAGCCCCCAGAGGAGUGAUCAAAACAAACUCUGCUAUCAGCUCACAAAUGAGAGCGUUCCUAGAGGGAUUCGCCUCGGUCUGUUGCCAUGUGACCAGUGCUCCAUCAGCAGAAGAACUGCGGAUUCCCUACGAGAACUGCGACAACUUGGCCGACUAUUUGAGUCUACAAAGAGCGGCUCAGGUCCAGGUCCAGGCACAGACCAAGACACAGACACAGGCUCCCGCUCAGCAGACCCCACAGAUGUCACUGCUCAAGUUCUUGGCCAUUAAUGCCCUGGAACUGAGCGCCCCCGCCACUCCGCAUCUCCUCCAGCAGCAGCAGACCAAGCCCCAGGGCUGGAUGCAGUUGUCCGGCCAUCCAGAGAGCAUUGUGCCCACGUCGACGGGAAUUGUGCGGAAGCGCAUCGUGGGCAUCGAUGACAGCGAGGUGCAUGCCUACCGCAUGAUCUGCCAGGAGCCACAGACGGCGCAGAUUGUUCCCGCGUACUUCGGUAUGCGGGAGAUGCAGUCGCAGCACUACAUCGAGCUACAGGACCUGUUGGCCGGCUUCAAGGAUCCCUGCGUGAUGGACAUCAAGAUGGGCUGCCGCACCUUCCUCGAGUCGGAGGUGAGCAAUGCCACGCUCCGGCCGGACUUGUACCAGAAAAUGCUUGCCGUGGAUGCCAGCGCACCGACGGCGGCCGAGCACGAGGCGCGAGCCAUCACCAAGCUGCGCUAUAUGCUGUUCCGCGAGUCGCUCUCCUCCUCGCACACCAAGGGCUUCCGCAUCGAAGCCCUCCGCCUGCGCGGUCGUCCUCCCGUCAAGGAUUUGAAGACCUGCCGCAGCAGCGAACAGAUCUCGCAGACCAUCGAGCAGUUCCUGGCCGCCCGCAAGUCCGUGCAGAAGGAACUGCUGAAGCGCCUGAAGCACAUGCGCCUGGUCGUCGAGCAGUCCGCCUUCUUCAAUCGCCACGAGAUCGUUGGCUCCAGCAUAUUCAUUGUGUACGACGAUGAGCGGGUCGGAGCGUGGCUGAUUGACUUUGCCAAAUGCCGCCAGCUGCCGGCGCAUAUGAGUGUGAACCAUCGCAGCGCCUGGACGUCCGGCAACCGCGAGGAGGGCCUGCUGAAGGGCAUGGACGAGCUGAUCCACGCCUUCGAGGAGGUCUACGCCCGCAAUGGCGGCCACCGCAGCUGCCUCAAGAUCUAAAGCAAGAUGGCGUCGGCGACUGCAGCUGGAUCUGCACCACACCAGAUGUCUGGCCCAUAAGACUGAUCACCCAUGCUCCAUUUGUACAGAAGAGAAGAGGAUUCAUUGCAUCGACCGAACUGCGUCGCACUUUUUUUUUACUAUUUUCCAUAUUGGAAACACUCUCGCGCCAGUUCCGAAGCACCGUUAGAACGGCGUGAUGGCGUAGUGGAAGCUGGAACUGGGGGAGAGGAAAACGAUUAGUAUUUGAUCACCAAGCAGCAUUUGUUUUGUUUGAAUGAAACAGGUUUAAACUAAGUAUUUGUUGAAAACAAUAUACAUCUGAACGCAAGAAUAAAUAACUUAAGAACAUAAA